CGCGAGGGACCCCAGGCGCUACUUCUGGAGUUGAGCCGCGAACCAUGGCCGCAGCUUGCACGCCACGACGCUCGCAACACAUCCCUCGACCCUCCGACACGUGGUAGAUUACUUUCACCGGCACCGCUGCGUCACAAUGCCUCGAUUGCAGUCCCUAGCUCCGCUGCUGCGCCCAUUGGCGGCCCCACGAGCGCUUGCAUGCCGACAGCACUUCCGCUUCUCUACAGCGACAAGAUGGCAGGCUGAACAACCCCCGCCAGACAGCAAGCCCAUCGUCCAGCCAUCCCUCCCACCCAACGCUUCUUCUCAACACCCGACAUCACCCCAAGAAGCCCAACGGGCCGCCGACCUUGCCGCAGCAGAGUCUCUCACCGAAGGCGACAGCGCGCAACCGCCCGAGCAGAAGCCUGCACUGCCCUCCAAGCACCCCCGAUCAGACAACAAGCCAGAAAAGACACCCUCGCAAGCCAAGCCCGCAAAGGCCGAUGACGUCGCGCCCAAGUCCUCGACCGCGCCCUCAGACACAGCCGACACAACAUCGACGCUCCAGAAGAAAGUCGCCAAGAAGCCAAAGACACCGCGCGCCCCCAAGUUGUCUCUACCACCGCCCAAAUACGCCGUCUCGAGAUCUGCGAACAAGAACCUGCCCAUCUAUACCGACUAUAAGCGAGGCGGCAACUUGCAUCUGACGACAGUACGGAAGAUCACCGGCGACAUAUCUGCCUUGAGGGACGAGCUGAGAGUCUUCCUGAACAAGAAGAACGAGGACGUCAAGAUCAAUAGCGUGACACAACAUGUCAUUGUCAAGGGACAUCACCCUGCCGAGAUUGCUACAUUCUUGAAGGCGCGAGGCAUGUAAAUAUUGGCAAGAGAGGGAUUGUGUCGCGCAGAGAACGAGUGUAUAUACCAUGCUGUAGUACAGCCUGUAUCAUAUGGAAAAGAAGGUGUACGAGUAACGUUGGCCAUGAUCAUUCAAUCAGUACAAUGGACUAUCCCGUCGCAUCAGCGGCGUAGAAGCGGCAAACCAGCUAGUUUGCACAACAUCGU